AUGUCCCUCGAUGCUGCGAUCCAAGCCACCGCCGCUGAACUACAGACGAUGAUCCUGAAUUUUACAGCAACAUCAUUCGUCCCAGGAACUGUCGUAAGAAUACAGCAGGGCAUGCGGCCCCCAGGACAACUUCACAUCAACCGCGCCACGAGGGUGCAAGCUGUCCAAGCCUACUACGCGAACACAGUAUUCGAGCUACCUGGCGAUUCAGAUAGAUUACUCCUCCUUCGAUGGCUUUGGAGUAUCCCUCCAGGGCACCUCCCCCAUAUCCGCACAAUCCACAUCACUAGGAGCCCAGUUAACAGUGCGUGGUUUCCGGCGUCAGGGAGGCGCCAUUUCGAGCUCAGUACCGACUACCAUGCCCUGGUACAGAUGAACCAGUGGCCGAACCCCGUUGCGUUUCCCAGAGAAAUUUUUGCAGACCAGAGCGUUAUGAAAUUCCGAGAGACUGUGCCAUCCGAGGACGGUGAGGGGGAGGUGUGGAAGUGGGGGAACGAUGACGACAAUGACGACGAGAAUGAGGAUGAUGGAGAGAGGACUAGAACGGCUAUGACAGAGAAAAAGAAGUGGACGAAAGGAGAGGCGCAAGAAGACGAUGACGACCAUGAUACCCAGACAAAGAAGACCAAGACGACGACGACGACUACCCAGACAGAAAAGAAGAUGACGACGAAUGAGAUGGUGUCCACCAGAGCGCCUGCAACAACACAGCAUGACGACGAGGCACGAGAGAGUGAAAGUUAG